AUGUCUCCACCUGCUACCGUGAACGCAAAAUUCAUUGAUCUUGUUAAAAAUGAUCAUACGCCAUGGUACAAAAAACCGAAUCUUCGAAGCCUAUACAUGUUUCUAGUUCCUGCGGCUAUGGGGGUCGAAUGGACGUCAGGCUUUGAUGGAUCUAUCAUGAAUGGAUUGCAGGCUGUUAAUACCUGGGAUGCCUACUUCAAUCACCCCCGAGGGGCUAUUCUUGGGAUCAUGAACUCAAUAUACUCGCUUGGAGCCUUGUCAAUGAUGCCUAUUGUCCCCUGGGUCAACGACAGGUAUGGACGUAGGAUUUCUAUCAUUGUUGGAAGCAUCAUCAUGGUAGUUGGCGCGAUAUUACAAACGUGCUCAGUACACUUGGGGAUGUUUCUUGCCUCCCGCUUUGUGCUUGGAAUGGGAAUCCCAUUUGCGUUAUCAGGAGGUUCUCAGCUUAUUGGGGAACUGGCAUACCAUAAGGAACGCGCGGUGUUGACUUCAGCAUUCAACGUAAGUUGGUAUAUCGGGGGCAUUAUUGCAGCUGGUGUAACUUUGGGCACUUUCCAAAUCCCCACUGAUUGGGCCUGGCGUAUCCCUUCAGUCCUUCAACUCGUGCCAUCCGCAUUCCAGCUUUGUUUUAUCUGGGGUGUUCCCGAGAGCCCCAGAUGGCUGGUUUCCAAGGACCGCGCAAAAGAGGCGUAUGACAUCCUCGUGAAAUACCACGGCGAAGGCGACCCAAACAAUGAAUUCGUCAAAGCCGAAUACGCCGAGAUGAUAGCCACCAUUCAAAUGGACAUGGAGCAAAAAAAUCAUACCUGGGGCGAACUCAUCUCCACCAAGGCAAACAUCAAACGAUGUGCUCUUGUCGCCUUCAUUGGAACCUUUAGUCAGUGGAGUGGCAACGGCCUGGUUUCGUAUUAUCUUGCCCGUGUCCUAGAGACCGUAGGGAUCACAUCAAAGAGAACCCAGAACAAGGUUAAUCUAGGAUUGAAUUGCUGGAAUUUGGUAACAGGAUUUUUGGCCAGUUAUCUUGUCAGUCUGACACCGAGAAGGGUUAUGUAUCUGACCAGUGUGACUGGGAUGUUUAUUACCUUUGCGGCGUGGACUGGAGCGAGUGCGAGUUUUGCGGACACUCACGAUACGAGGGCCGCUUCUGCAGUUGUUGCUAUGAUUUUCCUUUACUAUCCAUUCUACAAUGGUGCCCCACUAACAUACACUUACACCAUCGAACUCUUCCCCUUCAGCAUGAGAGCAAAGGGCACAGUUGUCGUCCAAACAUUCUCCCGAUUCGCUUCUUUCUUCAACCAAUUCGUCAACCCUAUCGGUCUUUCCGCAAUCGGUUGGAAAUACUACAUUGUGUAUACCGUCUGGCUCUUCAUUGAAGGACUUGUUUUCGAGGGUGCUGAAAAAUCAGUAGAACAGACGAAAAGGUCGAACAUCCAGAAGGACCAGAUCGAAAGUACGACGGUCGAGUUUCCGGAGAAGGUAUGA